UUCUCGUUGCUUCAAAGCUUCCUUUCGAUCCUGCUUUGUCCAUGCGUUUCGCAUUUUUCGCUUAAUCACAGGUGCUGACCAGCCCACUCUUGAGUUUCAGGCCUCAAGCCUCCAAUGGAUGCUGCUACUGACUACUACCAUUUAUGGCAAUGAAGUCUGUUGAGAGUAGUGAUUGUUAUUCACAAAGAUGAAUUUAUCUGCGCUCUUGUUUUCUGCUGGAGUCAACACAGUAGUGUGUGUGGUGUGUUUCAGUUUGUAUUCAGUUUUUAGGAAACAACCAAGCCUCGUUGAUGUGUACUUUAGCCAAAAUCUUUCUCAUGUGCGAUUAAAACGAUAUGAUCCCUUUUGCCGAUUUGUACCUUCUCCUAGUUGGAUAGUGAAGGCAUGGGAAACAUCGGAUGAAGAAAUAACUUCUAUUGGGGGCUUGGAUGCUCUGGUCUUUGUCAGGACAAUUGUUUUCAGUCUCCGAGUAUUCUCGAUUGCUUCUAUUAUGUGCAUUUUUGUUGUGCUACCACUUAACUACUUUGGGCAAGAGGUGGAGCAUACACAAUUCUUUCGUGCAGAGUCAUUGGACCAUUUUACCAUUGACAAUGUCAAGGAAGGGUCAGAAUGGCUCUGGGUACACUGCCUUACAUUAUACAUCAUUACCUGUGCUGCUUGUAUUCUUCUUUAUGUUGAGUUCAAAAACAUCACGGCAAUGAGGUUGGGCUAUAUUACUUCAUGUGCUUCUAACCCAAGUUAUUUCACAAUUCUUGUUCGUGGCAUCCCGCGUUCUCCAGAAGAAUCAUACAGUGACAGCGUGACAAAAUUCUUUACAAAUUACUAUGCACCAAGUUAUUUAUCUCAUCAAAUUUUAUAUCGAGCUGGUUCUGUUCAAAAAUUGGCAACGGAUUCAGAAAAAAUGUACAUGAUCCUGAAAUCAUCUUCGAUGAAGCAACACUGUGAAUCAAGAUUGUUUAGAUGUGGCCUUUGUGGUAUAUCAUCUCCUUUUACGAUGCUUUCCCCAGAUCCUGAAAUUCAAAAAGGAAAAAGUGGUUUCGAUUCAGAAUUGAGGAAAAAGGAAUGUGGAGCUGCUUUAGUUUUUUUCAAGACUCGGUAUGCUGCAUUUGUUGCUUCACAGGGUCUUCAAUCUGCAAAUCCCAUGUUAUGGACGACAGAUCCUGCUCCAGAACCAGAAGAUAUGUAUUGGUCUAACAUUUGUGUACCAUAUCAGCACCUUUGGAUCCGUAAAAUAGCUAUGCAUGUGGCUUCUGUAUGUUUUGUGAUAUUCUUCCUCGUGCCUGUUUCUCUAACGCAAGGCCUUGUUCACCUUGGUAAGCUACAGAAGACAUUUCCAUCUCUGAGAGGACCAUUGCGGAGGAGAUACAUAGUUCAGCUGGUUACUGGAUAUCUACCGAGCGUUGUACUUGUAUUGUUUUCAUACCUGGUUCCUCCAAUAAUGAUGUUCUUUUCGACAAUGGAGUGCUCCAUCUCUCGCAGUGGCAGGAAGAAGAGUGCAUGUUAUAAAAUUAUGUACUUCAUGAUUUGGAAUGUUUUCUUUGCCCAGACAAUUUCAGGUUCCGUUAUUGAUGGAUGGGGUGCUAUUGGUCAUUUGAGUGAAAAUCUCAAAGACAUGCCUACCCUUCUUGCUACCGCAAUACCAGCAACGGCUACUUUUUUCAUCACCUAUGUUAUAACGUCGGGCUGGGUGACUUUGGCCACCGAACUCAUGCAACCAGCCGGUCUCCUCUAUAACUUUGUCUAUAGGACUUUUCUCAAAAACAAGGACUCGUCUUAUGGAAAUGUGAAUUUUCCCUACCAUACUGAACUCCCAAGGAUUCUUCUUCUUGGGCUUCUGGGCUUCACGUUCUCUAUACUGGCUCCGCUAAUUUUGCCCGCCUUAAUAAUUUACUUUGGCCUUGCUUACUUUGUGUACCGUAAUCAGAUUCUCAAUGUAUAUAGCACACAAUAUCAAACCGGGGGACUUUACUGGCUUCUUGUGCAUAAUGUAACAAUAUUUUCGCUGGUGCUCAUGCAACUAAUAGCUUUGACAGUCUUUGGGCUAAAAGAAUCCACGGUGGCAUCGAGCUCCACUGUUCCAUUGAUAAUCUGUACACUCCUUUUCAAUCAGUAUUGCAGGCAAAGGUUUCAUCCCGUGUUCUUGAGCAACCCUGCACAGGUCCUCGUUGACAUGGACCGACAGGAUGAGGAAAGCGGUAAGAUGAAAGAAAUCCAUCAAAAAGUGACAUCGGCUUACUGUCAGUUCAAUGGCACUUCAUUCAAACUAGGUGACCCCGUGCCACCAAAUCCCAACGUGGACGGGGAAAUCCCCGGACUUCAACCCACCUCUGAAGAUGACAUCAAACCAGCCCCACGACCUACCCUCCGAUCCCACCAUACAUCUUUCGAGAUUGAAGAUUUCGAGAUUGAAGAAUUACAUAAGCCAAAGUAGAUAAAACAAUCUACAUGGUUAGUUUAUGUUAAGCAUGUUGUCUGUCUGAUCACAUUGUUGCAAGGUUGCUUGGUUCAAGUAGUUCCUUGAAUGGAAGAACCAUGGGGAAUAUACUGUACUGAAGGCAUGUUUUUGUAUUUUUUUUUUAAUUAUUAUAUCAUUUCCAGGGGUAAGGCUUUUAGAGCUGCAAAGUAUACAAGAAUUUUGUAGGUUUUGUUACUCA